AUGUCUUAGGCAAAUAAACUUCAAAAAUCGCAGCCUGUUCAAAUAUAAUAGCACUUAAACGGAAAUCAAGCCAAGCAAUCGUUAUCUUCAGUUAUGCAGUAGCAGCAAUAAAAAAUAAGUGCUUAAGAAUAGUCUUUGAAAAAUGAAGAUUAGGCUAUGCACAGAACCCACAUGAAGGCUAAUACAAUCGAAAAUCUAUCACCUGUGUUACUUGUAAUUUUCAAUACUAACGAAGCUAAGACAAACUAGGAUCUCUUUGACAUGUUUUCGUCUUAUGUGAGAGUGAUUCGUGUUUUAAUAUUUGAAAGAAAAGAAAAUAAUACAAAGUGCUUUGUCGAAAUGAUGACAUAAUCUGAGGCUACUUAUGUAAAAAACUAAAUUUCCUUCUAGAAGACUAAGAAUUUGUUAAAAAAUUUACAAGUUUAUUAUGCUUAAAUCUCAACAAUCGACUUGUAAAACCAUUAUUCAGAAGGCUAAGACUUUACUAGCUUCUAUGCAACUCAUCCUAAUUUCACUUGUUAAUACAUUUAGGAAACUUAAUAAUACUCUCAGAACCCUAUUUUGUAAAACAGCACCAUCAACCCCAAAUUAAGCAGUCAAGCAGCUUUUUAAAAUAGCUUCUUAAACCCAGGCAAAAAUAAUGUUCAAUAAUCUAUUAACAGUCCUUCAGCUUUUUAUAACAAUUAUAACCCAAAUAACUAAAGUUUUGCUGGUCCUGCUAAUAAUAAAACUGCAGGAUUUGGAGCUCCUUACGUUAAUUCUUAGCAAUUUUUACCUAAUCAUGUACCAGCUGAAAUGGACAAUAAUUUCGAUUAAUCACAUUUUCUAGAUGGAUAAAUUCGUCCAAGCUCUAUUUCUUCUAUUGAUUAUCAAAUGCAGUCAAAUUUACAUUUAUCUCAAUACAAUCAUACUUCAAUUCACCCUCAUUCUCAAUACACCACCAAUGGCGGUAACAGCGGUAAUCUAACAAGCAGACACACCAUUCACGGAAAUCCUAAUAUGCAACCUAAUAACACUCCAUUCGAAUCCAAAAUUUAUUACACAACUCAAUAGCCUCAACAAUAGCAAAAUAUUAAUUAACGCAACACUAUGUCUUAAUAGCUUUACAGAGAUUUGCAAAAGAAGGAAUAAGUUUUAUCGCAUCACAUUAAUUAAAAUAUGUAGCAAAAUAUGCAAAAAUCCGCUCUUCUUCUAUCACCUUAUUUCAAUGUCACUCCUGGCAUAAAUAAGCCAGAGAUGAUAAACAAUCCACCUCCUAUUUCCUUGAACAGUAGCACUAACAGGAGUCCUUCAUCCACCUCUUACUCAAUAAAUAACAACAACUUAAAUAAUGCUAAUCAAAUAUAAUAUGACUCUGAUGUUGAUGAAAAUGUCUAAGUCAGUUAACCUUCAGCAUUCAGAACUAAGUAUCGUGAUGUCUAAUUUUUCAAUGGCAACUCCAGCAACGUAGGCUAUUUAGAAGAUGUUGAUCUUUAGUAAUAGCAAAUGGGAGCUGACUAAGAGGCUAAAAAAGUUCUAUUUGUUAGACAUCUUGACUUUCCUGAUUUAAAAAUAUCUAUGCUUUAUAACCUUUUUAGCAAUUAUGGAAAUAUUGUGAAAAUUAUUUUCAUGAAGCAGAAGAGACAAGCUCUGAUAGAAUUCGAAGAAACUUCAUAAGCAACCGCAGCCAAAGAAAAUUUAAACAACUUGCCAUACUACAAUGCUUAAAUUAAAAUAGAUUACUCCAAAUAUGACCAAAUAGACCUCCAAAAGAAGAAACUUCAUUCUGGAGAAAAUAACGAACAAGAAUAAGUCCUGUAAAUCCCUCAAUAAUGCUUCAGAUAUAAAAAUAAAAAGGGAAUUCCGCAGUACGCUCCUAAAAGCACUCUCCAUGUUUCUAACAUCAAAAAAGAAUUCUUCGACUACAACCUAAUUUAAGAUUUCUUUUCUUCUUCAGGUGCAAAAAUAAAGAUGCUAAAACUCAUUCCUAAUGAAAAAAAGUAAAUGUGUCUAAUUCAAUUUGAAACCCUUGAUGAUGCUCUAAGAGUAAUAUCAACUUUCCACGAUACACCUUUCCAUGGUAGAAACCUGUGCAUUUCAUUCACGAAGAGUGCAAACUCAAUAUAGUAAGCUCCUGGAUAAUAAAAUAAUAUCAAUACUAACUUCUCUAGCUCUAAUAACAUGAGCAACAAUUUAGAAUAAUAAUAGUAAAUACUUAUGAAAUAGCAAUAACAAAUGCAAAAUUAACAAUAUAAUAUCAACAUUUUGAACUAAAAUUAACUUCUUAUUUAACAAUAGCAAUAUUAGAAUCCCUAAUAUGGUCAAAACAACACAUUCUAAAUCAAUAACUUUGCCAAUAAUAACAACAAUACUCAUGGACUUGCUGCUCAACAGUCAACUUUGUUUGGUUACGAUCUUAGUGAUAACAAUUAUCACCAAUACUAUGAUGAAUACAAUGACAGUGAUGAAGAUCCUUAAGUGACUAAUUCUAUUUAGAACUUAGGUAUUUGA